GAAGCAGAGUUCAACAGGGCAGUCAGGAGCUGUUUACAGGAGGGGUCUCCGUUAUAAAAAUCCGGUCAAAAAUCACACUUGUUUCCACAGGCACGAUGAUGAAGCUGGGAAUAUUGGUAGCUGUUGCUGUGUUUCUGAAGACGGUCUCUGCGGUCUCCCUCGGAGUGGUGAACACUGAGGGAGGGAUGGUGGACGGCGAGCAGAUCGGUCUUGGGCUCAACAGAAGCAUGGAUGUCUUCAGGGGGAUUCCUUUUGCUGACAUCCCUCAAAGGUUUCAGAAACCAAAACGUCACCCUGGCUGGGACGGUGUUCUAAAUGCCACUGAGUUCAGAGACAGAUGCCUUCAGGUGAACCGUAUCAUGACUCACACAAGAGGCAGUGAGGACUGUCUCUACCUCAACAUCUGGGUUCCUCAUGGCAGCUCAGUGUCCACAGGUAUGGCCGUCAUGGUUUGGAUCUACGGAGGAGGCUUCUUGGUUGGAGGCUCCAUGAGUGCUAAUUUCUUCCAUGACUAUGUGUACGAUGGGCAGGAGAUGGCAGACAGAGGCAAUGUCAUUGUGGUGACACUGGGAUACCGUGUGGGAACUCUGGGCUUCCUGAGCACUGGGGAUUCUGAUUUGCCUGGAAACUUUGGUCUCUGGGACCAGCAGGCUGCUAUUGCCUGGGUGCACAGGAACAUCCGAUCUUUUGGAGGAGACCCCGACAACAUCACCAUCUUUGGAGAGUCUGCAGGGGGAGCUAGUGUCAACUUCCAGAUUCUCACUCCACACAACAAAGGAAUGAUCAGGAGAGCCAUCUCCCAGAGCGGGGUUGCUACCUGCCCCUGGGCUUUCAACAAAAACCCCCGCAGAUAUGCUGAGGAGAUUGCCCUGAAGGUCAACUGCCCCACCAAUGAUUCUAUGGCUGAAUGUUUGAAGAUGACUGAUCCUGUGAAUCUUACUAUGGCUGGCAAUAUCAGCAUGGUCAGUUCACCUGAUGACCCCAUUAUGUUCAACCUGCUCCUAUCUCCUGUGGUCGACGGCGACUUCCUGCCUGAUGAGCCUCAUAAGCUGUUCCACAAUGCUGCUGAGAUCGACUACAUCGCUGGAGUCAAUGACAUGGACGGAUUCUUCUUCACUUAUUUGGAUGUUCCUUCAAUCAACCUCGCCGUGGUGGACACACCUGUCGAGGAUUUGAAGAGGCUAUUGGCUUCAUACGUUAAGGAUAGUGGCCCUGAAGCUCUAGACAAUGCUUACUCCACAUAUACCUCAAACUGGGAACCAAAUGCUACUCAGGAGACAAUCAAGAAAACUGUUGUGGAUGUUGGAACAGACUUCAUCUUCCUGGUUCCUACUCAGGCUGCCCUCUACCUUCAUGCUGCCAACGCCACAACCGGCCGUACUUACUCCUACCUGUUCUCUCAGCCCAAUGUCGGCCCCUUUAGACAGUCUUGGAUGGGAGCCGACCACACUGAUGAUGUGCAGUACGUGUUUGGAAAACCUUUCACCACACCCCUUGGUUACUGGUCAAGCCACCGCAACAUCUCCAGCUACAUGAUCAACUACUGGACCAACUUUGCUAAAACGGGGGACCCCACCAAAGGAGAGAACGUGCCCACUAACUGGCCUGAGUUUACCAUCAAUCAUCAUUACCUGGAGAUCAAUUCUGAUAUGGACGAGGGCUAUGUGAGACAGCAGUUGAGAAUCAGUUAUGUUAAAUUCUGGGCCAGCAUCCUUCCCAACCCUCCUCUCAUCUCAGAAUAAAUAAUCAGUGCAAUCACCUGCACAUCAAGACACCUUAAGCAAUUCAUCAGUAAUAUCUCCUGAAGAAAUAAAUGGAUCACAAGGCAAAGAUAGUUCCCUGGUUUCAUUAAGCUGCAUGUUUUCCUUUUAGUUUAUUUUGUAUUAAUUUUGCUUUUCCUUCUUUUGGCAAUGCAAACUGUGCAGCCAUUCAAUAGUUUUCUGACUGCUCCAGUCCACUGACAAUCUCAAUUUGAGAUGUUAUGGGAUUGGAUGGCGUCUAGGGGAUGUUCAUUCUUAAACAUAAAAAUGCAUACAAAACAAAGGCUUGUUGGCAGUGUUGGGUAUGGGUUUUUGUUCAGUCAGCAAUCGGCGGCGAGCUCAGGUGGCAGCUCUCCCACAAGCACACGGCCUCUUUCUCCAGUUGUGUGGUUGUGCAGGUUGGUCAAAACAAAAAAGGAACAAAAACGGGAGAUUAUGGAUGUACGUAUUCAUUGUUGCUUAGAUGUCGGGUCACAAGAGGUGAUUCACAAUGGCUCAGCAUGGAGAUCCCCAGGAUGCUGUUACCUCACACACUUUACACACCUGGGCCACUGUGUUAAUUCAUAAGCCCCACCCACUACCAGCCAGCCAAACUCAACAGAGGAAGUCCUCCUAACAGAGAAACCAACUGAAAGAGAGACACAGCUUAUUUUUCAUGAACUGAACAUUUCAUCAUAAAAUGAGCUCAAUAAAUUAAAUAACAGAUAACAUAUUUGGGAGUUUUAAGUUAAACAGAAUUAUUGACAAAAAGUAAAUUAAGUAUCUCUAAAUACCAGUAUGUGUAAAGUUUUCUGACAAAAGAGGUGAAUAUUCUCAUAAAUGAUCAGCAGGGGGUGCUGUUUCUGUUUUAAAAUUCAAAUCAAUACAGUACAAAAUAAAUCAAAACAUAGUUAAACAGAUGAUUUUCCUUUGACUUCUGGUCAAAGUUCAAUACAAUGACUAUUCCAAUUAUACUACUGAGAAAAAAGAUUAAAGGUUUCUAUAAUGAUCUUGACAUGUGCAGUAUUACAUCUCAUCUUCUCUUAAACCAUCUAAAGACAAAUAUUGUCAAUCAUAUUCAAUCAUAGAUUUAUUUAAUAAAAUCGUGCCUCAUGCUUCCCCCUUAACAUUUAAAAAAAACUAGAUGUGGCUCCGCUGCAGUCCAUCCUAGAUAGAGGUUAUUUAUUUGUAUUUAUUUAUUUGUAUUUCUAAAGGGACCAUGUCUAAUAUUAAACACAUGUUGCCAUUUGAUGCAUUGUACCAUUGUACCAUUGUACCAGAGUUAGCUUAGAGCUAGUUUACAUCUGGAGUCCCCCGACAAAAUUAAAACAUCAAUAAAAAAAGAAAAUGUAACAAACAGCAGAGUAUCCCAGAGCACAUCACACACACACACACACACACACACACACACACACACACACACAGACACACACAGACACACACACACACACACACACACACACACACACACACACACACACACACACACACAGACACACACACACACACACACACACACACACACACACACACACACACACACACACACACACACACACACACAUUUUU